AUGGGCUCCACUGCUGUUGAAUUCAAGAACCCGGCAACCACCUCUCUUCUGGAGUUGGUGAAGAGCCGCCGCACUUACUACGGACUUAAGGCCGAAAGCCCCAUCUCCGACGAUGCCAUUGAGCGCAUUGUUCAGGAUUCCGUUCUCCACGUGCCCAGCUCCUUUAACACACAGACUUCUCGUGUCGUACUCCUCCUGAAGGAGGAGCACAAGAAGGUGUGGGAUAUUGCUAUCAGCGCGAUGGAGGGCCUUGUCGCUGCGGGCGCACUUACCCAGGAGGCUUUUGAGGCUUCCACCAAGCCUAAGCUCAACGCCUUCCGUGAGGCUUAUGGAACUGUUCUUUUCUUUGUUGAUUACGAGUCCCUCGACUCUAUUAAGGAGAAAUUUGCCUUGUACGCUGACAAGUUCGACCCCUUCGCGCUCGAGUCCAACGCCAUGUCUCAGUAUCUCGUCUGGCUUGCCCUUGAAUCUGAAGGCUUCGGUGCCAACCUUCAGCACUACAGCCCUCUGAUUGAUGCCGAAGUCUCUAAGACCUGGGACUUGCCUGCUUCUUGGAAGUUGGAUGCUCAGCUUGUGUUUGGUGCUCCCACUUCUGAGGCUGGCGAGAAGGCUUUCCAGCCUCUUGACACUCGUCUCAAGGUUUUCGGUAAAUAA